AUGAGUCCUCUGUUUGAGGAGCUUCACUGUUCAGUGUGUCUGGAUGUGUUCACUGAUACAGUCAGCACUCUAUGUGGACACAAUUUCUGUAAGAGCUGCCAAAAUUAGUGCUGGGACAAGAGUCAGAAUUGCAACUGUCCACUCUGUAGUGAAACAUUCAGUAAAAGACCCAAACUCAAAAUCAACACAACACUUAAACAAUUUUUGCAGCUCUUUAAGGAAAAGUUGAGUAAAUCUGAAGUGCAGGAGCUGAUCCAGGACCGAAUCAAGAAGAUUCAAGACAUCAAACGUUCAGCAGAGCUUAGAAAUAAAAGCACAGAGCGAGAGAAAUCAUCCACUAUUGAGCUCUUCAGUGAUCUGCUGCGCUCCAUUGAGAGAUGUCAGGGCGAGCUGCUGGAGAUGAUAGAGGAGAAGCAGAAAGCAGCAGAGAAACAUGAUGAAGAGCUGAUUCAAGAGCUGCAGAAAGAAAUCAAUCGAUUGUGUUGAAGAGGAUGCAGCGGUAUGCAGUGGAAGUGACUCUGGAUCCCGAUACAGCUCAUCCAGAACUUCUCCUGUCUGAUGACAGGAAACAAGUGAGAGUUGAAGACGUUGAACAUGAGCUCCCAGAUAUCCUAGAGAAGUUUGAUCAUUGUCCCGAUGUCCUGGCAAAGGAAGGAUUUUCUGCAGCGAGAUUUUACUUUGAGAUUCAGGUGAAGGGAAAGACUGACUGGGUUGUUGGAGUGGCCAGAGAAUCAAUUAACGGGAUGGGAGAAAUCACAGCAAAUCCUCAGCAAGGAUUCUGGGCUGUGGGUCUGAGGAUGAGAGGGAAUAUAAAACCUGUACUAGUCCUGCUGUCUCUCUCUCUCUCUCUCUCUGAGAGGGUCUGGUUUCCUUCUGUGAUGUGGAGUCCGUAUCUCACAUCUACUCUUUCUCUGGACAGUUUUUUACUGAGGAACUCUAUCCUUUCUUCAGCCCUGAAGUUUUUGAGGGAGGUUAAAACCCCCCUGAUCAUCUCAGCAGUUAUUUACAAUGAAUGAAUGAAUCCUAAAAGUAAUAUGGAACUCCAAAAAUAUAAGUGGUGGUGGUGUUUUCUUUUUUCACUUGUCAAUUUCUAGUCAUCAUAUACACAGAUUAGACGUAAUUCACACAUGGAAUAGUUUAUUAUUGUGUAUUGAUGACUAGUCUAGUUUUGGGAGAAUUUAGACCAGUGUUUCCCAACCAUGCUCCUGGAGGACCAUCAGCUCUGCACAUUUUCCAUGUUUCCUUAACCAAACACACCUGAUUCAGAACAUCGGCUCAUUAGCAGAGACUGAAAGAGCAGAAAUGGAUGUGAUAGACAAAGGAGACAUCUAAAACAUGCAGUGUUUGCGGUCCUCCAGGAACA